GUCAUUUCUUGAGAUUCUGGGGCAUGUGCAGAAGACAAAAAUAAUAUGAAAUAAAGAGAUUCAAGAAAUGUACAAGGAGAUGGAAAGGAAGUACCUACAGCUGGGGGUAAAUGAGAGCAUCCUCUGAACUGUUGGGCUAAAUUCUUUCUGGACACUGUUUGUCUCAUGUCCUAUGGCUCUGCUCAGGAAAACCAGGAAAGGGCUUAGAGGCUUUCAAGGCAUGGCUGGACACUCCGUCUUAUAUUUCAUCCUCCUGAGUGCUCUGAUUGACAAGUGCCAACCCUGUUACUGUGAUCACUACCCAUGGAGUCAGUGGUCCAGCUGCUCAAAAAGCUGCAAUUAUGGAAUCCAGAGCAGACAGAGAAAAAUAGUGGUUGAUGAGUACUAUAUGAAUAACUAUUGUGACCAGAUUUGCAAAAAACUGGAGACCAGAGAAUGUAACUGGCAACACUGUCCUAUCAACUGCCUCCUGGGAGAUUAUGGACCGUGGUCAGACUGUGACCCUUGUGUUGAAAAGCAGUUUAAGGUUAGAUCCAUCUUGCGCCCUGGUCAGUUUGGAGGACAACCAUGUACUGAGCCCCUGGUGACUUUUCGACCAUGCAUUCCAUCUAAGCUCUGCAAAAUUGAAGAGGUCGACUGCAAGAAUAAGUUCCGCUGUGACAGUGGCCGCUGCAUUGCCAGUAAGUUAGAAUGCAACGGAGAAAAUGACUGUGGGGACAAUUCAGAUGAAAGGGACUGCGGAAGAAUAAAAGCAGUGUGCCCGGGGAAGAAGCAGCAUCUUCCCAUCCCCAGCGUACAGCUGAUGGGUGCUGGGUAUCAUUUUCUAGCAGGAGAGCCCAGAGGAGAGGUUCUUGAUAACUCUUUCACUGGAGGAAUAUGUAAAACUGCCAAAAGCAGUAAAGCAAGUAAUCCAUACCGUGUUCCAGCCAAUUUGGAAAAUGUCAACUUUGAGGUAAAAACUGAAGAAGAUGAUUUUGAAACAGAUUUCUACAAGGACUUAAUUCCUCUUACAAGUAACAAAGAUCGACAAGGUUCAUCUUCAGAGCAACACCAAGAAGGUGUUUAUGUACCAAUUUUUUAUUCCUCAAAGAAAACUCGAAGCACCACUCAUAAGUAUGCCUUCAAACAAGCCAUAGAAGCCUCUCACAAAAAGGAUUCUAGUUUUGCUAGGAUCCAUAAAAUGAUAAAAGUUUUAAACUUCACAAUGAAAAGUAAAGAUCUGCAGCUUUCUGAUGUCUUUUUGAAAGCACUUAACCACCUGCCUCUGGAAUACAACUAUGCUUUGUAUAGCCGAAUAUUUGAUGACUUUGGGACUCACUAUUUCACCUCUGGCUCCCUGGGCGGCGUGUAUGACCUUCUCUACCAGUUUAGCCUCGAGGAACUCAAGAAUUCAGGUUUAACAGAGGAAGAAAUCCAAGACUGUGUCCGGUUUGAAACAAAGAAACGCUAUUGGUUUAUUACGGUAACAAAAGUGGAAUACCGAUGCACCAAAAACAAGAUGUCCGAGAAAUACGAAGGUUCGGUUUUGCAGGGAGCAGAGAAAUCUAUUUCCCUGACUCGAGGUGGGAGGAGUAAGUACGCCGCCGCCUUGGUGUGGGAGAGGGGGACCUCUGGUCCUGCGGAGAAGGAAUUCUCAGAGUGGUUAGAAUCCGUGAAGGAAAAUCCCGCUGUGAUUGACUUUGAGCUUGCUCCCAUCACGGACUUGGUGAGAAACAUCCCCUGUGCGGUGACAAGAAGGAGCAACCUCAAGAAAGCUUUCCGAGAAUACGCGGCCAAGUUUGACCCUUGCCGGUGCGCCCCAUGCCCUAAUAACGGCCGCCCUACGCUCUCGGGGACCGAGUGUCUGUGUGUGUGCCAGAGCGGCACCUACGGAGAUAACUGUGAAAGACGCUCCCCAGACUAUAAAUCCAAUGCGGUGGAUGGGAGCUGGAGCUGCUGGUCUUCCUGGAGCGCAUGUGAUGCUACUUACAAGAGAUCCAGAACCCGAGAAUGCAACAACCCCAGCCCCCAACUGGGAGGGAAAAACUGUGAGGGGGAGAAGCAGCAAGAGGAGCACUGCACGUUUUCAAUCAUGGAGAACGAUGGACAGCCAUGUGUCAGUGAUGAUGAAGACAGGAAAGAGACAGAUCUCCCUGAGACAGAAUCAGAUUCAGGGUGUCCUCGGCCAAUUCCUCCGGAAAAUGGAUUUAUCCGGAAUGAGAAGAAACUGUACGCAGUUGGGGAAGAUGUGGAAAUCUCCUGCUUUACUGGAUUCACAACUGUGGGCUACCAGUACUUCAGAUGUUUACCAGACAGGACGUGGAGGCGAGGAGACGUGGAAUGCCAACAGACACAGUGCCUCAAGCCAGUCGCGCAAGAAGGUCUGACGAUCUCACCAUUUCAGAAAUUUUAUGAAAUUGGCGAUUCCAUUGAGCUAACGUGCCCCAAAGGUUUUGUUGUUGCUGGGCCAUCAAGGUACACAUGCAGUGAGGGUUCCUGGACACCGCACAUUUCAGACUCACUCACCUGUGAAGAAGAUUCUUUGACAAAAUUAAAGGGCCAUUGUCAACUAGGACAAAAACAGGUGGGAUCUGAGUGCAUUUGCAUAUCUCCAGAAGAAGACUGUGGCCAUUAUUCAGAAGAUGUCUGCGUGUUUGAUACAGACACCAGCCGUUACUUUACUUCAUCUUCUUGUAAGUUUUUGGCCGAGAGGUGUUUAAAUAAUCAACAACUCCAUUUUCUACAUAUUGGUUCCUGCCAAGAUGGUCCACAGCUAGAAUGGGGUCUUGAAAGGAGAAGACUUUCAACCAAUAGCACGAAGAAAGAAUCCUGUGGCUAUGACACCUGCUACGACUGGGAAAAAUGUUCAGCUUCCACUUCCAAAUGUGUCUGCCUGUUGCCUCCUCAGUGCUUCAAGGGUGGAAGCCACCUCUACUGUGUCAGAAUAGGAUCAUCAACGAAUGAGAAAACAGUGAACAUCUGCGAAGUAGGAGCUGUACGAUGUGCCAACAGGAAAAUGGAAAUACUGUAUCCUGGGAGGUGUUCAGCCUAAAGCAAUUACUGAUAAACAGAUUUACUCUCUAAAAAUAAUCCCUACAAAAGGGCAUCCUUCUACAAACAGCAGACUGGUGUGCCCAGAGCUUAGAUAUCAAUUCUUUUGUGUUAUUUUCAUACAAUUAUUCACCUUGCCUUAGCCUUUCCCAUCCAGUUUUAAUCCAUGAUGUUCUGUAGUGUACACCCAGAUAACAACUUUCACAUUAACCCAGUAAAUUCUUCUGUUCUUGUUGCACUAAAAUGAUGGGACUUCUGAGGACCUUAUGAAGCCUGUAGUAUUAAACAUUCUCAGAAAUAGAAUUGAGAACAAAAACCAUAAUUGUCUUCAAUUAAUAAAUAAACAGAAACGUACAACUUGUAAAACACAUUCUUGAAACCCAGCCUUCCUUCAUGCACUCAUUCAGCAGAUAAUUCUGAAUGUCUACAAUGUGCCAAGUACUGUUUAAGAUGCCGGGGAAUUAACGGUGAAUAAAAAGACAAAAUCCCUUGCCUUCAUGAAGCUCACAGUCAUGUGGAGGAAGACAUACAAAAAAUAAGCAUAUAAAUAUAUAAUAUUUUUUAUGAUGACAAUUGUCAUGGAGAAAAUAAGGUAAGGAGAGAAGAGUUCCAUCGUCUUAUGCCCGGAAACACACCACAGUAAUAAGCAUCACAGUAAGGAUGAUUGAAAAGAAGUGGAAAUUCCCUCAUGUAAGGCAGUUAGUAAACUUCUGGAGUUCCAUACUCUUAGGAAAAACAAGUCUCCUUGCCUCGGCUAAAGUGCAUCCUGAAGCUUUUGAGCUGAAGCAUGUGAUGAGGGGAAAAUAAAAUCAUUAGAGAAUUGUGAAGGAAUAUUUUUUAAAUUAAAUUAUGUCUUCUGCAUUGGGCCACACCAAGUAGACACCCAUUUCUUAGAGAAGCUAGGGUGUCAUUUUAUUGGGAAAGAGGAGCAUCUUUAGAACAACAGUUCUCAAUACUGAUGUGCAUCAGUCACCUGGAAUUCCUGCUAAUUGAUACACGUACCUGCAACACUACCCCCCCCCACCCCCAGUUUCUGUUUCAGCAGGUCUGGGGUGGGGCCUGAGAAUUCUUAACAACUUUCCAGGUAGACUGACCAUCAGGAGUAAGACAUUUUGAAAACAGUUUAGAAAUGGAGUCAUCCAAAAGUUCAUUCUGUUUGAUUUACUAACUGAUCUCAAAGCCUUACUUAGCUAGCCAAUCUCCAAGCCUGUGAGUCGAAGAAGAUUUCCUUCCUCUAAAACCCAGUGGGAUUCCCACCUAGUGGAAGGGGGCCAUGAGGCAAGGCCACCAGCAACACCCUCAUCAGACCUGACACAUUCAAUGUCGCUCCUCCCCCAGCUCUUUCACCGUAAGAGCUGUUAGCAACAUCUGAAACAUCUUGCAACAUCAAAGGAGAAGUACAAGGAAGGAAAAAACUUAGGAACAGAAACAUUUUCCUCGUGUAACAGCCAUCGAGUGGGAAUUUUUAUUUUCCCAGGAGUUAGUAACCCAUCUUCUCCGGUCAUGCCAUCCCCUCCCAUCUCACAAAAGUGGUGCCACCUUGUCAGCACCCAUGCCUUCAGCACUCCCAAGACAAAGAGGGAAGGCAAAGGGGCCUGGCUGCCUUCCACUAGGUGGGAAUCCCAUUGAGUUUUAGAGGAAGGAAAUCUCCUUCCACUCACAGGCGUGGGGAUUGACUGGUUAAGAUUUUGAAAUCAGUAAUUCAACAUGAGGGCAAAGAGGCAUUCAAUACUCGCAUGUCCUCAGGAGAGGCACUAACAACUGAAUCAAGAACUUUUCCUCAAGACUGAGCUGGUGCUGCUCUCCCCAGAUCUCAGGUCUACCUCACAUCUUUCUGAGGGGUCAGAGGAAGAGAGAGGGAGGCCAGGGGAAUCCACAGCCGAAUAAAUACAGUGUUCAUAGAGAGUCCUACUCCCCGCCCAAGUUCUUUUCCUACCCUGAGUGAAGAGGUAGAGAUGCUGAAAGUAUCAACCAAAGCCAGGCAACCGAAACCCAGUGAUAUUCUUCUCUAAAGCAAGGGAAACCGGCGGUAAGGCUACAGGUGCUGCCCCCCACUGGCUGGUGGGAUGCUGUGCAGUCUUCGAGCUGACGCCUGUGAGCAGGUUGCAGGAGUCGUCUCUCUGGGAGGUAUGGAUCCUGAUGAGGGCAGAUGUGGAGGCAUUCUCCCUUCCUGAGUCUGAGACCACUUUCUGCCUAGAGGGUGCUGAGGACGGGAUGCUACAAGAAUGGCCCUCACCAUUUUCACAGAAGGGGGCUGUCUUGAGUAGGAAAAGAUGGAUGCAACACUUUCUCCAUCAGAGUCCCAAGACAGAGAGUGAAGGAUGCUGGUGCUUCUCAUGGCUCCUGAGGAAGGACAGUGAAGAGGAAAAGUAGGCACUUGGAGGAUCCUGUAUCUUGGACAUGAGAAGACACAGUGGCCUUUCUCACAGGAAGUUCUGAGUGUCUGAGUGGGUAGGAGUCAAGCAAAACACCAAACCAAGGAAACAGAGGUCACCAACAACACAGAACCAGAUUUAGAAAGAACGAGUCAAAGGUGACACAGCAUCAUUGACCUUGCCAUUUAUCCUAGCCCAUUUCCUUGCUUCCAGCACCAAAGACCAAGAUCCAGCAAAUGCAAGGUAUGCAGGUGUCCUAGAAUGAGACCUGCCUUUCCCCAUUACCCCUGGAAGGGGUUGGAAAGGUGCCAGAACAACCCGCCUGCCUUCCCUGCCCUAAGCUCACUGAUGCAUGAGCCUGGCUAACUGAAGGCAGGGAAGGAGGUGAGAUGUCAACUGGGUAGGAGAUUGGAGACUUAAACUGGACUAACUUUGAAAAAUGGAAACUGACCAGAAAUCUAUGUGAUCUUUCCCAGAUUUAAUUAAGGCAAGAGAAAAAGAAAAAUGGAAUUUGGCAGAGCAAAGUGAAAGCUAAGAGUAUUAGUUUGCUAGGGCUGUUGUGACAAAGGACCACAAACCAGGUGACAUAAGACAAGAGAAACGUAUUGUCUCACAAUUCCGGAGGCCAGAAACCUGAAAUCACUGCAUCAGUAGGGCCAUGUUUCCUCUGAAACCUAGAGGAGAGAGUUCUUCCUUGCCUCUUCUGGCUGCUGGUAUUUGCCAGAAAUCCUCAAGUGUUCUUUGACUUGAAGGACCAUCACUCCAGCGUCCGUCUCCAUGGCUGUCUUCAAUGUUUUCCUUCUGUGCAUGUCUGUCUGCCCAAAUUUGUACGGUUUUGUGAGGACAGCAAUCAUGUUGGGUGACACCCACUCUCACAACCUCAUCUUCAAUAGGAUUAUGUCUGCAAAGACACUCUCUCUCUAAACAUGGUCACAUUAACAGCUACCAGAAUUCAGAUUUAAGAUUUAAGAAUUCAGAUUUCAGCAUUUUUUUUUUUUUUUUUUUAGAAACAAUUCAACUCAUAGCGCUGUGACUGGGAAGAAAAGUUUUACUGUCUACACACUAUAAUGUAAUCAAAGCUUGAUACCAGUUAUUAUAUUGAUGUUGCUUGAUUAAAAUCAGUCAUGUUUGCUUUGAA